GGAAGGUUAGGUCGUGAGCUCUCUCCAAGGCCUUGAGAUCUCUGCCCUGACACAAGCGAUCGGUGCCACUGUAUGGAGGACAGUUUAACUAUCGAGGCAGUGGGAAAGGCCGCAAGAAUUGGACCAGCCCCGAAGGAAGUGGGCCUCGGAGGAGAACACUGAUUAAAUAGUGGCAGCGAGCCUCAGCUCCCAUUGAGCCACAUGAUCACGACCUAUACUCUGCAGUGGAUUGAUGUUAGAUGAUUGUGCCCAACUCCAGACUAUCUGCCUCACCCGUGAUUUCAGACCUUUUAACAUGGGGCUCACCAAGCAGUACCUACGCUAUGUUGCCAGUGCAGUCUUUGGCCUUAUUGGCAGCCAAAAAGGCAAUAUUGUCUUUGUGACACUUCGUGGUGAAAAAGGACGCUAUGUGGCAGUACCAGCCUGUGAACAUGUUUUCAUCUGGGACUUAAGAAAAGGAGAGAAGAUCCUCAUCCUUCAGGGUCUUAAACAAGAAGUCACUUGCUUGUGCCCCUCCCCAGAUGGGCUGCACUUAGCUGUUGGUUAUGAGGAUGGGUCUAUUCGACUCUUCAGUCUCCUGAGUGGGGAAGGAAAUGUGACCUUCAAUGGACACAAAGCAGCCAUCACGUCCUUGAAGUAUGACCAGCUAGGAGGCAGGCUGGCAUCUGGGUCCAAGGACACAGAUGUUAUUGUGUGGGACGUGAUCAAUGAAAGUGGCCUCUACCGUCUAAAGGGGCACAAGGAUGCCAUCACACAAGCAUUGUUUCUGCGAGAGAAGAACCUGCUAGUUAGCAGUGGGAAAGAUACCAUGGUGAAGUGGUGGGACCUUGAUACCCAGCACUGCUUCAAAACAAUGGUUGGCCACCGAACUGAGGUGUGGGGGUUGGUUCUGGUGUCAGAAGAAAAGCGACUCAUCACAGGGUCUUCCGACAGUGAGCUGAGGGCUUGGGACAUAGUCUAUCUACAAGAGAUUGAAGAUCAAGAAGAACCAGAGUGCAAGAAAAUCAAGGGGUCUUCCCCUGGAAUACAGGACACACACGAAGCAGAGGAUGGGACCCUCGAGGUGGAGGAGGCUCCUGAGGAUCGCAUCCUUACAUGCAGGAAAGCUGGUUCCAUAAUGCGGGAAGGAAGGGACAGAGUUGUGAACCUUGCAACCGACAAGACAGGCAGGAUGCUUGCUUGCCAUGGAACCGAUUCUGUACUAGAAGUGUUCUGUAUCCUUUCCAAAGAGGAGAUUCGGAAGAAAAUGGAUAAGAAGAUGAAGAAAGCUAGAAAGAAAGCCAAAUUAAACUCUUGCAGUGGUGAGGAGGAAGACCUUGAAGUCCGUGUUGAAAUGACUCUGCAAGAUGAAAUCCAACGGGUCACUAAUAUCAAAACUUCUGCCAAAAUCAAAUCUUUUGACCUGAUUCAUUCACCUCAAGGGGAGUUGAAGGCAGUCUUCCUGCUGCAGAACAACCUGGUGGAAUCAUAUUCCCUGAGUCCAUCAGCACCUGCUCCUCAGCCUGUGAGGACAAGCAGGAUCGCCCUCGGGGGUCAUCGCAGCGACGUGCGCACUGUGUCCUUCAGCUCAGACAACAUCGCUGUCCUUUCCGCAGCAGCCGACUCCAUUAAGAUUUGGAACAGGUCUACACUGCAGUGUAUUCGCACAAUGACCUGUGAAUAUGCACUUUGUUCAUUCUUUGUACCUGGUGAUAGGCAGGUGGUCAUAGGAACAAAGACAGGAAAGCUGCAGCUGUACGAGUUGGCGUCGGGAGCCCUGCUGGAGACUGUGGAUGCGCACGACGGGGCUCUGUGGUCCAUGUCUCUGUCUCCACACCAGCGUGGCUUUGUGACAGGUGGUGCAGAUAAAUCUGUCAAGUUCUGGGAUUUUGAGUUGGUGAAAGAUGAAAAUAGUACCCAGAAGAGGCUUUCUGUGCAGCAAACCCGAACCUUGCAGCUAGAUGAAGAUGUUCUGUGUGUCAGGUACUCACCCAACGAGAAGCUGUUGGCUGUGUCUUUGCUGGACUGCACUGUGAAAAUUUUCUAUGUCGACACCUUAAAGUUUUUUCUCUCGCUGUAUGGACACAAACUGCCUGUUAUAUGCAUGGACAUCUCUUAUGAUGGAGCACUCAUAGCAACUGGCUCUGCCGACAGGAACGUAAAAAUCUGGGGCUUGGACUUUGGGGACUGCCACAAGUCUCUCUUUGCACACGAUGACAGUGUGAUGUACCUACAGUUUGUACCCAAGUCUCACCUCUUCUUCACGGCCGGGAAGGACCGUAAGGUGAAGCAGUGGGACGCGGACAGAUUUGAGCACAUACAGACUCUGGAGGGGCACCACCAGGAAAUAUGGUGCUUGGCCGUCAGCCCCAAUGGAGACUACGUCGUAUCAUCGUCCCAUGACAAAUCUUUGAGACUUUGGGAGAGAACCAGGGAGCCUCUUAUUCUUGAGGAAGAGAGGGAGAUGCAAAGGGAAGCAGAAUACGAGGAGAGUGUGGCCAAAGAAGACCAGCCAGCAGUACCAGGGGAGACUCAAGGAGAAAAUUACUUUACUGGAAAGAAAACUAUUGAAACAGUCAAAGCAGCUGAGAGGAUCAUGGAGGCUAUUGAACUAUACCGAGAAGAAACUGCAAAAAUGAAAGAACACAGAGCCAUUUGUAAAGCUGCAGAGAAAGAGGUUCCUCUUCCCACCAACCCCAUCCUGAUGGCUUAUGGCAAUAUCUCUCCUUCAGCUUAUGUGUUGGAGAUUUUUAAAGGAAUCAGGUCAAGUGAGCUGGAGGAGGCCCUGCUCGUGCUGCCCUUCUCCUACGUGCCGGACGUCCUGCAGCUCUUUGAGCAGUUCAUCCAGUGGGGCUCCGACGUGGAGGUCCUGUGCAGGUGCCUCCUCUUCCUCCUCAGGAUUCACUUUGGGCAGAUCACUAGCAACCAGAUGCUUGUGCCAGUGAUCGAAAAACUGAAGGAAACAACUAUUUCCAAAGUCAGCCAAGUCCGGGACGCUAUCGGCUUCAACAUGGCGGGUCUUGAGUAUCUUAAGAGGGAAUGUGAGGCAAAAAGCGAAGUUAUGUUUUUUGCUGAUGCUACUAGCCAGUUGGAAGAGAAGAAGAGGAAGAGGAGAAAGAGGGAGAAGCUGAUUUUAACACUGACUUAGAACUGAAAUAUGAGCCUUUUUCUACUUUUUCAUUGAAAGGACUCCGAAACUCAGCAGCAGAGUCCAUGCCAACCUAAAAUAACAGCUUAAUUGUGCUGCGGAAGGUUUCAGGAUGCUGUCCCGGCUUUACCUGGGGGAAUUCCAACAUGGGCCUGUGGGUUUUGUUUCUUGGACUUGACCCAUGAUUUAUUUUGUUAGUUUGUUUUUGUUUUUUGUUGUUGUUAAUCCUCACCCAAGGGUAUU